CUGGCUGAUGAUGAUCUGGGUUUCUCACACUGUGGGAACAGCGACAACACCGUUCAUUGUAACACAGUGGCCGCCAGUGGCUGAAGUGAUGGCUGGAGAAGACGUUGUUUUAAAGUGCAACAUUGUAGAGCUGUAUUCCCCUUGUUCAACGGUGGCUUGGCUGAGAGUCAUUCCUGAGAACGCGACAAUCACCCUCACCGACAGACUUCAGAUCGAUCCUCAUCACUUGUCCAAUAAGUGGACUAGUAUUUGUACUGGUGUUAUCACCAAUUCAACGGUGCAUGACUCCAGUAUGUACUACUGCGUGGCUGUGCAAAGCCGCUUUGCUCACAUUGGAAAUGGAUCCAGAGUCAUUGUGAAAGAACACACGGUGUUUCCUGUUAUUGAUAUUCUUACACCGCUGAUCACAAACAGUCCUUUGGUCCCUAUUCAGUGUGUUGUGAAUGGGGUCAAGGCCUCUCGCGUUCAUAUGUUCUGGAUUGUGGAGGGGAGAAAAGAGAAAGGACAGCCAGUUUUGACACAUGGGAAUAAUGGUGCCAUCCAAAUCACUAGGAACCAGAUCCUGAUUACUGCUGAGGAGUGGGAAAGGAGGGUGCAGUGUGUGUGUGUAGUGGAGUUUGGAGGACAGCUUUAUACCAAGACACUUCAGCCAUUUGGUACAGUAUAACAAUAUCUCUAAAAUCAGCCUGGUCUCAUUGUUUAUACGUAGGUAAUUAUACGUAACAUUUAGAGGCACAAAACUUACAUUUUUAUACGUUUUUAUUGAUGCUAAAACAUUCAACAUAUUCCAGUGUUUAAAAAACAUAAAAUAUAUAUGUAUCUUUUAUAUCAUUAAGAUAUUCGUAUCAAUGCCUUUUUAUAAUUUUACCAAUAAGCGUUUUAGAUCUAUAACCUACCCCCAAACCUAAACCUACCCAUUUUAUAGUGCAUAUAAAAGGAUAUAAAAUGCAACUGACCAAAAUAUGCAGAGAAAUUAUCAUUUUAGUAACAAUAUUGAAUAAAAAUAUUUUUUGUAGUCGCUAA